CAACUUCGGGAAGCAUCGCUGCAACCUCAGUCUGCCCCUGUUCACGCGCCUCCUUAUAAGAUACUUUCCAGAGAAAAGUACCAAACAAACGAGCGUCAAACCAUGUGUUUUCGUCGUUGAGAGAGAGAGAGAGGGAGGGUGGCCGCCUUCUCCUUUACAUCUUGCCUGCUGGUCACGGAAGCGAGCUCGCCCUCUCGUUUGCCCCUUUACAGUGUACGAACAUCUCCGCUUGAUCAUGUCAAAAAUUAGUAAACUCAUCGGCAGCAUCACCAAGCCCUUCAAAUCUCGCCAUUCCGAAGGCCGCGAGGAGGAAGAUUUGCAAGCCAUAGCAGUUCAGGAGCAGAGGGUCUUCUCUCUCACUGUGUUGUCUGCAGCCACCCGCAAUUUCCAUCUGGGGAACAAGCUCGGUGAAGGUGGUUUCGGACCCGUCUACAAGGGGACAUUGAGGGAUGGGAGGGAGAUCGCGGUGAAGAAGCUGUCUCACGCGUCGAGGCAGGGGCAGAAGGAGUUCAAGAACGAGGCGGAGCUCCUUUCUCGCGUGCAGCACAGGAACGUGGUCAACCUGCUGGGUUACUGUACAGAGGGCGUCGAGCCGAUCCUCGUCUACGAGUAUGUGCACAACGAGAGCCUCGACAAGCACCUCUUUGAUCCGCAGAAACGCAGCAAGCUGGACUGGCCUAAACGUCUUGAUAUAAUUCAUGGAGUGGCACGAGGAUUGCUUUACCUCCACCAAGGUGCACAUUGCCGUAUAAUCCAUCGUGACAUUAAAGCUGGAAACAUCCUUCUUGAUGAGAGAUGGCAACCGAAGAUAUCAGACUUUGGCAUGGCUCGACUCUUUCCUGAAGAUGGCAAGACUCAUGUCAAUACACGUGUGGCGGGUACGAAUGGAUACAUGGCACCAGAGUAUGUAAUGCAUGGGGAUUUGUCGGAGCGAGCUGAUGUUUUUAGCUUUGGCGUUGUUGUCUUGGAGAUAAUAAGUGGGAAAAAGAACUCCACUUUUCAACCCUUACCUGAGGCGCAGUGCUUGCUAGAAUGGGUUUGGAGGUUGUUUAAGAAAGACCGAAGCUUGGAGAUUAUGGAUCCAACCUUGGCUGCAUCAGCAGAAGUUGAGCAAGUGAAGAUGUGCACACACAUUGGGCUUCUAUGCACGCAAGCUGACCCACAACUGCGGCCACUAAUGAACCGAGUGGUGACCCUCUUUCACAAAAAACCUGGAAACAUUGAAGAAGAGCCAACUAGGCCCGGUUUCCAUGGGCAGAGAUACAGGAGACAUUCCAAGCCCGGAUCAACAUCAUAUGGUAUCUCCAGCACGAGUCGUUCUGCUGGAUCCUCCUCACGCUCUAGUGCUAGCAGUACUAAUGUCACUGCUGGAGCCAGUGGCACCAGCAACCCCAUGGGUCCUUCCACAUCUAGGAUGAUCCAUGUUUCCGGUUCUAAUUCUGCAGGCCCCUCUACGUCUGGGACGCGCUCCGUUUCCCAGUCUCAGGAAUCCUCGGGAUUAGCUUGAGCUCAAGAUGCUUUUGUGCAGAUCUUAUUCUUUAUUUGUAUAUUAAUGAUCAAAUUUUGUUUCAAUUGUUGAUAAAUGGUUGGUCUUUGUUGUAGAGUACGAAUUAAAUAAGGUUUGUAACAAAUAGAAGUCGUCAAUUGUUUGCUGGGAGGGUCGGCACCCUUUUGUGCUGCUAACGAGGUCACUUCAAUUGUUAAAGUAAUCGUGGUUUCUUGA